AUGAUGGAAGAGUUGGGAUUAGGCGAGGAUAAUGAGGAUAAUAACGUUGUAAAUUAUGCACAAGAUCCAUCUAUUGUGGAAACUCUGUUUGAUUUUCAAAAUGAUGCUGUUAGUGAUGAUGAUAAAGAUAUAUUAAAUUCAACAAAAUCGGAUUUUUAUGGAAUAAGAAUAGUUGAUAAUAUUAAUCCAGCUUUAAGACAGUCGUACUUCAAAGUUAAAAUAAAUGACAACAGUAAGCAUCUCCAGAAAGAAUUGACCUGCUGGCUGUUAUCGAACAAGAUAACGAAAUUAUCAAGUGAUUGUUUAUUUCGUGUUAUGUAA